AUGUCUCUUAAUACAGCUCAUGCUGAUCAUGGUGUACUCAUACACGCCGGAGAAUGUAUCAUAUUGUUCUCUGACAAUGUAACCUUGGAAUUAUACGGCAAUGACACCCCACAAUUCAAAGGUCCCAAAAAUGGACGUAUGUACCUUACAACCCACAGGAUGAUAUAUAACUCUAAAAAUAAUACUGAUGCAGUGAGAUCUUUCAGUUUCCCAUUUGUUGCAUUGCAAGAUGUUACAGUAGAACAACCAAUGUUUAGUGCAAAUUUCAUCAAGGGAAAAAUACAUGCUCAACCAAAUGGAAAUUUUAUUGGUGAAGUGAAGUUUAAGCUCACAUUUAAAUCCGGUGGGGCAAUUGAAUUUGGAACAGCAAUGCUCAAAGCUGCACAUUUGGCAUCCCGUCACUCCAACCCGAAUGCGCCCCCGCCGCCUUACACUCCACCCAGUGGCCCAUGGUACGCAGCUGCGCCGCCCGCUUACGCCCCACCACCGCAAGGUUACUAUGGCUGGGUCCCGCCUUACUCUGCUUUUCCCGACCAACCAGCACCAAACUCUGUAUUUGUAUCAAACAGUCCCCCUCCAUACCCUGGCGUGAUGGGUGGGUCCGGAUAUCCCAACGCACCUCCUAGUUACCCGGGUAAUGGAAACCCACCCGGAUAUCCGGGUAACAAUCCAACCGCGACAGGUUUUGCAGGAGGUUUUGUACCUCCACCUGGAAUGUCUUCAAGUGAAGCAAAAGCCGCUGAAGCUGCGCAAAGCGCUUAUUAUGAUCCCAACAGACCGCAAACAGCCUAUGUUCCACCUCCAUAUAAUGAUCAACCCCCGACCUAUCAGGAAUCAACGUCGAAAAAAGAGAACUAG